CCCAUCCCCUGCCUCUGAGUUUUUAAACCAGCAAAUUCCUAAAAAACAUCCGGAUUCUUCCAAAUUACAAACACAAACUGAAUCUUUUAAAGAAAAAUUACUAGCAUCUGAAUUCCAAUCUGAUCUUAAUAUGGAAGACUGUGUAGAUGCUCCUUCACACUUUCUCAUUUGGGGCGGAGGAACUCUCCCAUGGUGUUAAAAUCAUUUUCCUCUCGAAGGAAGAAAAUGAGAGGCUCUGCUCUCCUUGGAAACAUUCACUAAUCAUUAAACUUCUUGGUAAGAAAUUAUCCCAUCAGUAUCUACGUCAAAAACUGAUGGACUUAUGGAAGCUCCCUGAAACAUUCCCCUUAAUUGACCUUGGUCUCGACUUCUAUGUAGCUAAGUUUUCUCAAAAAUGGUCCGUGGUUUAUUAAUGGCCGGCCACUACUUAUCUAUCAAAAAAUGAAAACCAUACUUUGUUCCCCAAAAUGAAAAAGUAACUUAUUCUGCAGUUUGGGUCCGAUUACCACACCUGCCUACUGAAUUUUACGAUGCAAUCCUUCUAACCAAAGUUGGUAAUGCAAUCGAAAAAUUGUUGAAAGUGGAUGCAUGUACCAGCUCUACUCUGCGAGGUCGCUACGCCCGUUUAUGCGUCCAAAUUCCGAUGGAGGAACCUGUUCUUAGCAGCAUCCAAAUUGGGCAUCACAACCAAACAAUUUUAUAUGAGGGUGAUGGUUAUCUUUGUACCAGCUGUGGCCGUUUUGGCCAUAUUCGCUUGCGUUGCUUGUAUCAAAAGUUGACUCCUCCAAUGGCUCCUUCUAACCAAGGGACCGCUUUGGCUCCAUCAGAUCAUGAGGAAUGGCACACAGUCAAGUUCCCAUCUCGGAAGAAUGGCAAAGGGGGAAGAAAUACACCAUUGCCUACUAAGACCCAAUUUCCAACCAAGGCGCGUGUAGCGACGGAACAUACUGAGGCUAAGAUCAUCACAGUAAACCUGGAGACUCCCCCGUCUCCACCAAUCCCUCGGGCUCGGGGUCGCGAAGGUCAAGGGACCAUGGGGGUGAGGAUGACCUCGUUUACGGAAAUAUCAAAUUUCAAAAAUUCAGCUCUCAUGAUAUUUCCAGAAAACGAGGAGAAGAAGUAUAUCCAUCUUUGCCCAGCCACUAUUCUGAAGAGCUCCUUCGAUCUCAGGCCUGCGAUCAACGCUGCAUUAGCCAAAUAUGCAGUAGUGAUGACCCCAACACUGUGUUGUAGUCAGUUCUCGGCUACCGAAAGCUCUCAAUCAUCUUUGAACUUUUUUUCUCCAAUGAAUCAAGCUACUUGUUUUAUUGUAUGGAAUACUAGGGGAGUUAACAAUGACAACUUCAAGAUGAAUUUCAGGGAUCUCAUAAAUUCGCAUAAUCCUUGCUUUGUUGCUCUUUUAGAGACUAAGCGGAGUAACCAUUUGGGUCUUAUGUAUGAUUUUGGGUUUGAUGACUACUGGGAAGUUCCUGCUAUAGGCCGCUCGGGUGGUAUUGUCCUCCUCUGGCACACUUCUUUUGUUAGUAUUACUCGUAAGCGUCAGACGUCUCAGGAAUUACAUGUAAUGAUUAAGGUCAAUGUUGAGGAGCGUGGGGAAUCCAGUGGUGCAACAUAAUUUCCGCGAGGCAAAUGCAGUAGCCGACUAUUUGUCACGAAAAGGGCAGCAUCUUCACUCACCAACAAAAUGUGUUUUGACAUCUCCACCAGCAGAAUUAGAAGAACUACUUCAUAAGGAUAACAAUGGUGUUUUGUGUCGUAGAUUAGUAUCUUGGUCUUUGUAUAACAAUCUCCUUAGUUUGGGGAAUCCGCCACUACUGCUAGUAAUAGUACUUUAGUUCCAGUUAAUGCUAAGCAUAGUACUACUUUU